AAAUGCCGAUUGAGAUGCUAAAAGGGCUGCCAUUUUCAGUAGAUACAUGGAGUUCGAAGUCGAGCACGAAGAAUCAUUUCUUAACACAUGCUCAUAAGGAUCACACUCAAGGGAUUUGUAUUUAUGGUUCAUAUCCAAUUUAUUGUUCCCGUCUUACCAGAACUCUUGUUUUACAGCAUUUUCCUCAGCUUGAUGGAUCAUUUUUUGUGGGUAUUGAGGUUGGGCAAUGUAUAGUGAUCAAGGACCCUGAUGGUGAUUUCACGGUUACUGCCCUUGAUGCCAAUCAUUGCCCAGGUGUGUUUAUGAAUUUGCAAUUGUUGGGUACCAAGUUGCGGAAGUUGUGUCACGGUGGUGACCACCUCAUUUCAUUUUUUAUAGGAGGAGCUCUAAUGUUCUUGUAUGAAGGCAAAUUUGGGAAUCUCCUACAUACAGGAGAUUGCAGACUCACGAUUGAGUGCUUGCAACAAUUACCCCUAAAGUAUGUGGGCACCCCUGGAAAAGAACCGAAGUGUCAGAUUGAUUGCAUUUUCCUUGAUUGCACAUUUGGUCAGUCUCCAUUGAAGAUGCCGAGCAGGCAGUCAGCGAUGCAACAGAUCAUCAAUUGCAUAUGGAAGCACCCUCAAGCUCCUACAGUCUAUCUGACAUGUGAUCUUCUUGGCCACGAGGAUAUACUUAUGCAUGUUUCACAGACAUUUGGUUGCAAAAUAUAUGUCGAUAAAGCUAAAACUCCAGAAUGCUUUCAGGCUUUGGAACUAAUGGUGCCUGAAAUCCUGUCUGAAGACACAUCUUCUCGUUUUCAACUGUUUGAUGGGUUUCCAAAACUGUACCAAAGAGCAGAAGCCAAGAUUGCACAGGCUCGGUCUGAUUCUCAGCAUGAGCCUCUAAUUAUUCGAGCAUCAGCACAGUGGUAUGCAUGCGAUGAUGGUAGUUCAGAUAUUGAAAGUUGGAAGAAGGGAAAAUGUGAUCAACCAGUGAGAGAUAUUUUUGGUGUCUGGCACAUUUGUUACUCCAUACACUCAUCAAAGGAAGAACUGGAGUGGGCUUUGCAACUUCUUGCACCUAGGUGGGUCAUCUCUACAACACCUAGUUGUAAGGCUCUGGAGCUGGACUAUGUGAAGCGUCUUUUUAAUCAACAUCGGAAUUUUAAUGACCCUUUCUGGCAACUUUUGGGGUUCAGUAUGGACGUGGAAUCUGAAGUUGAUAUAGAAACAGCUCCAGAUGUAGUUGAGGUUUCUAGCUCACCUUUAGCCAAGUGCAAUGCUCAAGAUUAUGCAGAAAACUCCCAGUCGACGACAUCAUCUUUUAGCAUUUGUAGGCAGUCAAAUCCGUCUCCUUCAAGCAAAACAGCCGCCCCAGUAACAUUAUUUGGUAGGGCGAGGCUUGGGCUCAAUGGUUCUUAUUUCAAACAUGAAGAAAAGGAGCCUAUACUUCCAGAUGAAAAUGCUGUAAUCAGAUGUUCCGACGAGUUAGAGGUUAUUUCACUUAAGAAGGAAGAAGUUGUGGUGGAAGCUGGUAAGGCCUUUGCAGUAAGUGAAAGUUUAGACAUCAUGAGUAAAGAGAGCUUGAUGCACACAGAAACAGAGAAUUGUAUUUUUGAGUCAGCGGUUGGAUUGUCAAACAGUUAUAACCCAAGUUUGAGAAAAUUAUACCGGUCUAUGCAUGUGCCAGUGCCUCGACCCCUUCCUUCGUUGACAGAGCUUAUGAAUGCUACUAAGCGUGCUAGGAGAAGGCGGUAAGUUCUGCUUUUUCCUGGCAUCGUUUCUUCAUUAAUUUCUUCAUUCCAUUCUCCACCCUCAUUGCUUUCAGAUAUUGAUUCCAAGUACAGCAUUGUUUACAGAAAAAAAUACAGAUAACUUAUACCCUAUACACCUGCUCCUCACCUUCCCUUUUUACAGGCUACUGUACACUGAGACUUUCCGGUUACCUGCCUUCUGUAUAUUGUGUGUACACUAUAAUUUUA